CGGAGCGGAUGCCGGGGGGAGGCACGCGGAGGCAGAGGUUCCAGCUGUCCCGCCACAAGUCAGCCUGACGUCUCGGCGCGCUUCCUACCGUGUGGGGUGGUAAGGAGUGGCAGGAGACAAGAAGAUGCCCAAACACAAUAUAGUUGCUAUGGCGGUGGCCACCCUUCUGGGCACAGCAGUGGGAGGCCUGAUCAUAUGGAGAGUUUUCCGACGUUGGAGGGGCAAAACCAGCUGUGCCAGAGAGGAGCAGGAAGGAGCUGACAGCCAAGAACUGGCCUCAGUGAAACCAGACCCCCUGUUGUCAUCCUUGGUUGUUCCUAAUGUCUCACGAGUGGAAAGGAUCCUUGGAGAGAAGGUGGUGACUGUGUCUGAACGAGAGGAAUGGGAAGAAGUUGAGUCUUUACUCAGGAAGGAGUUGGAACAGUGUCCAGUCCUUGGAAUUGACUGUGAGUGGGUGAAUAUAAAAGGCAAAGCUAGCCCUGUUUCACUCCUACAAAUGGCAUCCCUAACAGGCCGCUGCAUCUUACUUCGUCUUCCUAAGCUGAUCUCUGGUAAAGCAGCACUCCCCCAAACCUUAUUGGAUAUAUUGGAAGACAGAAGAAUCUUAAAGGUUGGCGUUGGGUGUCGGGAAGAUGCCAGCAAGUUGCUUCAGGACUAUGAUCUCACUGUUAGAGGGUGUCUUGACCUCCGAAAUCUAGCAGUGAAACAGAGGAGAGAUUUACUUCAGAAUGGGCUUAGCCUGAAGUCCCUUGCUGAAACCAUACUCAACUUUCCCCUCAACAAGUCUCUUCUUCUUCGUUGCAGUAAUUGGGAUGCUGAAAAGCUUACUGAGGAACAGGUUGCUUAUGCUGCUAGGGAUGCCCAAAUUUCGGUUGCUCUUUUUCUUCAUCUUCUUGGAUGUCCUUUGUACAUGAAUUCAACCAAGAAUGAGGAUGUGGAAACCAGCUGGGGAAAAGUCUUGAUGAAGUGCCAGGACCUUGUGGAUCGCCCUUUCCAUAGUAAAGGAAACAGGAACAUCGUGGGAGAAGAAAGUAUUGGGGAAACAGAGUCCCCAAAGAAAGCAAGAAACCAGAAGUCUAGAGCUGGUGGGAUGUCUUUGGGCAAUCAGCAAGGAAGAGAUCCCAGGAAACAAAAACAGAAGCCCCUGGGCAAGGGCUAUUCUGCACGAAAAUCUCCCCUCUAUGAUAAUUGCUUCUUACAUGCUCCUGAUGGACAACCCCUUUGCACUUGUGAUAGAAGGAAAGCUCAGUGGUAUCUAGACAAAGGCAUUGGAGAGCUGGUGAGUGAAGAUCCUUUUGUGGUCAAGUUGCAAUUUGAGCCAUCAGGACGGCCUGAAUCUCCAAAAGAUUAUUAUCUGAUGAUUAAGGAGAACCUUUGUGUAGUCUGUGGCAAGAGAGAAUCCUAUAUACGGAAGAAUGUAGUUCCCCAUGAGUACCGGAGACACUUCCCCAUUCAGAUGAAGGACCACAACUCCCAUGAUGUGUUGCUUCUGUGUACCUCCUGCCAUGCCAUUUCGAAUUACUACGACAACAACUUCAAGCAACUGGCUGGAGAGUGUGGGGCCCCCCUUGGCUCUGAGGAGGGGUUACGCUUGCUGGAAGAUCCAGUCCGCCGUCAAGUGCGCUCUGGGGCCAGGGCCCUGCUCAACGCCGAGAACCUGCCUGCUUACCGCAAAGAAGAACUCCUACAGGGGAUCAGGGAGUUUUUUAACACGGAGGUUGUCACGAUGAUACUUCAGAAAGCAGCAAGUUUGGAGACCAGGAUUGCCAAUGAGAGCUAUGUUCCCCACGGGCUGAAGGUGGUACAGUGCCAUGCAAAAGGUGGGCUGCGCUCCCUCAUGCAGCUGGAGAGUCGCUGGCGCCAGCACUUCUUGGACUCCAUGAAACCCAAGCAUCUGCCCCAGCAAUGGUCGGUCAACCAUAAUCAUCGAAAUCUGCUCCGGAAACAUGGGGAUAAUCUUCUGGUGGAGCUGGCAGGUUAGCUUCUCUCCUGUCAAGAGACAGAGGGGACAGGAAGAGACCUUGGGACUGUGUGGGGGAGUUGGGGAGGAAGGUGUCUUCUCCUUUUCUCCGUCCUAAUGCCCCAUUUUGGGGCAGCACUAAAUAUCCGAGCUUCCUCUGGUGAAACUCAGAAAAAUUAAUCUGCACCUCUUAUGAGCCAGCUGCUGUGGCUGAGCAGGGCUUCCUAAGGAUGGCGGGAGGGUUUUUGAAUACUCGUUGGGCGAGGUCAAUCUUGUCUUUUCUUGGCUCUUAUGUUAGUGGACAAGGGAGGCUUUUAUUUGAAUUUUUCUUGCCUUCUUCUUACCUCCUGGAGACAAGAAAUAGAGAAUGCGGGACACCUGCCCGUAGUUUUGAAUCCAUUUAUUCCCAGUCUGGUUCCUUUGGUCCUUAUACAGAGGGGGCUGUCAGGUAUAGAAAGUUGAUGACUUCACAACUGAAAGGGAAGAAAAACCUUUUCCUAAGGGAUACAGAUUCAUUGUCUCCAAUUCAGUCUUGAAAUCAAGCAGCCCAUUCUGAAUGGGUCUUAUGUGACCCCUCAGUGUGCCAUAGAUCAAAAUAGUAGCUUCUUGUAAACUUAUUCCAUCUUGGUGCUAGAAGGGAAUUAUUCUUUGGCCAGAAGUUUUUCACUUGGGAGAACAGGAAGGAGGGGUAAGAGUCAUGGGUAUGGCUCCUUGCAGACAUCAGGAAAUAACCUAAAUACUUUUCUCUGCUUUUCUUAUUCUGCUGUUCCCUGCAUGCAUGACCCAGCCAGGUUUAUGAUGCAGCCCUUUUCUGGUAGAGAGACUUCCCCUUUUAGGAUCAAGGCACGAAGUUCCUGCAUCAGUCCUCAUCCUUCACCCCCCCCCCACCCCCCACCUGCAACAUUGACGUCUUUUUAACCUAACUUAUCUCUAAAGCUGUUUGGUCAGGCAGCAAAUGUUUAGAACCCUAAAAUGACUUCAUGUGAUACGGAUAAGUGUUCAAAAUACAACUGAUUAAUGACUAGAUAGUUUUCUAAUUUGCCAAGAAAGCUUGUUGCGUGCUUCACUGGCUCCCAGCAAGCUUAGAAAGAAAUAUGUGACCAGCAUCCUACAAAAAAUAUGAUUUUGUGAUUGUCUUCAUGUUGGUGAUGGUUGCUUUAACAUUGACAAAUAAAACUUUUUCUAAAUUUAA